AACAGAAGCUGCGCCACCGGAGCGUCCUUCUUUUUAUGGUUAAAAUCUAGAAGAGAAAGGUUAUAGUCGUAACAAUACGCAGAAAUGCCACCGAAAAGAGGUAAAGUACAAAAGGAAGAAGUGCAGGUCUCUCUUGGGCCUCAACUUCGUGAAGGAGAAGUCGUAUUCGGAGUAGCUCACAUCUUCGCCAGCUUCAAUGACACAUUUGUACAUGUUACCGAUUUGUCGGGCAGGGAAACAAUUGCUAGAGUUACUGGUGGCAUGAAGGUAAAAGCAGAUCGUGAUGAAGCCUCACCCUACGCAGCUAUGCUUGCAGCUCAGGAUGUUGCAGAAAAAUGUAAAUCGUUGGGCAUUACAGCACUGCACAUCAAAUUGAGAGCUACGGGAGGCAAUAAAACAAAGACUCCUGGCCCAGGUGCACAAUCUGCUCUGCGCGCUUUAGCUCGAUCGAGCAUGAAAAUUGGUCGCAUUGAAGAUGUUACUCCUAUUCCAUCAGAUUCUACUCGUAGGAAGGGAGGUCGUCGUGGACGUAGGCUGUAAACUGUUCUUAUGGCCUUCUGUAUGGGGUUUAUUAUCUUACAAUAAAUGUAUUUAAAAAACAAGAAA